UCUCUCAUCUCGCCUGCAGCUGAGCUUCUCGUGGGGCAUAUCUAUUUCUACCUCUCUUUGUCGUUUUCUUCUUCCUCAUCUUCUUCCCAAAAUCAACAAAUCUAUACAAAUUCCGAAUUUCGGAUUGAGAAAUCGAAAAUUCCAUCCGAUUGAUCCUCAUUUUUUCCAGUAAUUUUGAAGCCUAAUUUUCUGUUGCGAUACGAUCCUCCGUCUGGUGGAUUUUCGCGACUAGUUUGGGUUAGGACGAUGGGAAAUGCCAAUGGUAAGGAGGAGAGUUCUCCUGGCGGCGGUAGUGGUGGAGGAGGAGGAGCCGGAGGAAGAGGUGACGCCGAUAGACAAGGUCCGGCGAUUGUUAGUUCUGUGACUAGUGAAACGAGUAACGCCAUUUCUUCAGAUUCGAUGGGAAAUACUCCUCCUGAUAGCCCUGGGAAGUUCCGAUCCCCGAUCUUGUUCGCUCCUCAGGUUCCUGUGGCUCCCUUAGGAGGUAAUGGACCAACCCAUUUCAACGAAGCCUGGCAGAAUGAACUCCAUGAAGCUGUAGAUAAUCCUCCGGUGCAAGGAAUUCCAACAAUCAUUACAUGGAGCUACGGUGGCAGCAGCGUUGCUGUUGAGGGAUCUUGGGACAACUGGGCGUCCAGGAAGACCCUGCAGAGGUCUGGUAAAGAUUUUUCGAUACUUAUGGUCCUUCCGUCUGGAGUAUAUCAUUACAAGUUCACCGUCGAUGGUCAACGGAGAUAUAUUCCGGAUCUUCCUUUCAUAGCUGAUGAGAUGGGCAAUGUCUUUAAUCUUCUUAAUGUUUCUGAUAGUGUGCCUGAUAUUCUACAGAGCGUGGUCGAGUUCGAGGCUCCCCAAUCACCAGAGACGACAUACAGCCAGGCAUUCCCCGGCGAGGAAGACUUCGCCAAGGAGCCAGCAGCCGUCCCAUCACAGUUGCACCUCACAGUUCUAGGUAUGGAGAACGCCGACGAAGCUUCGUCCUCAAAACCUCAACACGUUGUGCUUAACCACCUCUUCAUAGAGAAAGGAUGGGCUUCUCAGUCUGUGGUUGCCUUGGGACUUACUCAUAGGUUCCAUUCAAAGUAUGUCACCGUCGUCCUCUUCAAACCGCUCAACAGGUAGUUAUCGUCCAUUUUUCGCUCUGGCUGAACAUUGUAAAGGAUCACGAGCUACUUCUCGCUCCAUCAUCCAUGGAGGGAAUCUUGCUUUAUAGAACUGUGUUGGCCUAAGUUUGCUUGCAACAAAAAACUCUUAUUCUGAUCAAUAUUUCUUCAAUCUGUGAAGAAAUCUUUGUUUUUAUAGAACUUGUAGGCCAAAAAAGUUUCAUUACCUUUUUCAAAAUGUAUCAAAAGUAGUAGAUUUUGAUAGCAUA